AUUUCUUCUUCCUCUAGAAAAACCCUAGUUAUUCUAACCGUUAUCUUUCUACCAAGCUCACUCAAACAGACAGAUCUCAGUUGCAGAAAACAUGGGAUUGAUAUCCAAGAUUCGAUUCACCCCGUCGAUCAUUCAUCUUCGUAGCUUCUCUUCAAUCCGAAACCCUAAUUCAACCAAUGACAAAUCACACGCCACUCUCGCCCUCCUCAAAUCGGAGAAAAACCCCGAUCGAAUCCUCGAAAUCUGUCGCGCCGCCUCUCUAUCCCCAGAUUCCCACCUUGAUAGAAUCUCCUUCUCCGUCGCCAUUUCAAAGCUCGCCGCAUCCAAUUACUCCGACGGCAUUCGUUCGUACCUCGAAGAGUUAAAAACGAAAAGACCCGACCUUCGAAAUGAACGGUUUCUUUCUCACGCCAUCGUUCUUUACGGACAAGCCGGUAUGAUCGAAAGCGCAAUUAACACUUUUGAACAUAUGAAGGAUUUCGAUGUCUCUCCAUCAGUAAGAUCACUAAACGCCCUACUCUUUUCCUGCAUAGUCGCUAAAAAAUACGACGAAGCAAAGAGGGUAUAUCUUGAAUUCCCAAGCAAACAUGGGAUUGAGCGUAAUUUGAUUACGUACAACACAAUCAUCAAAGCUUUCUGCGAAUCGGGUUCAUCAAGUUCAGUGUAUUCCGUUAUAGCAGAGAUGGAUAAGAACAAUUGUAAACCAAACGGAACAACAUUCGGUACUCUGCUUGCUGGUUUCUACAAAGAGGAGAAGUAUGAAGAUGUGGGUAAAGUGACUGAGAUGAUGAAGACUUACGGUGUUACGCCUGGAAUUGGUGUAUACAACAAUAGAAUUCAGAUUCUGUGUAAAGAUAAGAGAUCAAGUGAAGCUAAAGCAUUACUGGAUGGGGCGAUUGGGAGAGGUUUGAAGGCGAAUAAUGAGAGUUAUGGUAAUUUGAUUCAUGGGUUUUGUAAAGAAGGUAAGUUAGAUGAAGGGAAGAAGAUAUUUGAAACGAUGAGGAAGAAUGGAUGUGAACCUGAUAGUGAGUGUUACUUUACUCUUAUUUACUUCUUGUGUAGAGACAAGGAUUAUGAAUUUGCAUUGAAGAUAACUAAGGAGUGUAUAGGAAAGAAUUGGUUUCCAAAUUUUACUAUUAUGAAGACUCUUGUGAGAGGUUUAGGAAGUGUAUCCAUGGUUGAUGAAGCUCGAGAAAUUGUUGGUGUGUUGAAGAAGAGGUUUCCUAGUAGUGCUGAUGUUUGGAAUGAAAUUGAACAAGAGGAAUUACUCAACAAGUAGAUAGAUUAUUAUGUCUGCACAUUUUCAAUUCAUGUUGUAAGAAAUUGGGUUGAUUUCUAGUUUCAGUUAGAAUGGGAUGAAAUUGGGUUUUCUGUUUCUUGAAUGAUCUUUUUACUUGGAAUCAAACUUAAAAACUUUUUAUCGUGAUUAUAGAAUUGAAGACUUGUUUUCUUUAACAUUAUUUUUUUUUAUAUGAGCUAAUAUGUUUGUUUAUUCAA